GCUACUGUUUGUCUUCUACGACAGCUGCUGUUCAUCUUUUUUGGCCAAAAUUCCUAACAUUAAAUAAAUGGCAACUGACAGUGGCAGAGUCGACAUGGUUUUGUGUGAUGAUUAUACCGAAGAAGGGUCUAUUUUAGCACCAAAUUUAGAUGCCAUAAACAGUUUGCAUUUGUCGGAGAUUGAAAUGAACAACCAAUCUAUCAAUACUUCUUCAUGCAAUGGUCCUCUAAAGCCAUGUAAAGGAAUGAUUUUUGCUAAAUUAGAUGAUGCUAUGACUUGUUACAAAGCAUAUGAGACGAAAAAAGGUUUUAGCAUUCAAAAAAAUCAUACUGGACCAUCUCAUUCUAACAAGCCAUUGAUUGGAGUGGUAUUUUCUUGUAAUAGGGAAGGCCGUCAUCGUCCGAGCAAUCAAAAGAAACAUAAGAAUGUAGUUAGUUGUUAUGUGACCAUGAUUGGAUGUAAAGCAAUGAUGGGUUUGAAAAAAGAUGAAGAAAAAUGUGUGGUAUAUAAGUUUGGUGCAUACCACAACCAUGAGAUAUGUCCUCUAAAAAUUACAUUGGUACUUCGAGGAUAGAGAAAAAUAACCUUUGCUCAGAGAAAUCUUAUUGAUGUGCUUAAUGAUGCUAGUGUACCAACUAGAAAGAUAAUGUAUGUGUUGACUCCAAAAUCCGAUGGUAAUUGUAAUGUGGGAUGUGUUGCAAUAGAUGUCCAAAAUUAUUUAAGGAACAAAAGGAGAAAGCUUUUGAAAGAAGGGGAUGCACAAAGAAUGUACAACUACUUCCUAAAGGAACAGUCAGAGGUUCCAGGCUUUGUUUAUGCAAUUCAAAUGGAUGAAAAUAGUUGCAUAGGAAAAAUUUUUUUGGUGGAUGGA